AUGAUAUAAUUAAACUGAACAAGAAAGAAGAGAGGAAACAGUAUUCCCCCAAAAUGAAAAGAGGGCUUCAGCAGAAUCAAACUCGCCAGUUCAGGACACCAGGCUCUAAGUGGGGAAUCCAACAACAGAAAGGUUAUGGCAAAAAUCGUUUGGGACGCAGGAAGAAGAUAGCAGGGAAGAAGCGUUCUUACGGCGUUAUAACUGGCUUGGCAGCCAAGAAGGCAGUGGGUUCACGCAAAGGAAUUAGUCCUCUGAAUAGACAGCCACUUAGCGAGAAGAAUACACAGAGGAAUUACCCAGUUUUGAAAAAGAAAUCGAACCUUCAGAGACAAUCUGAAAUGCAGAGAAAACAAGCUCCAGCCAUCAGGCGGCCUGCCCUGCUAAAUAGAAGGAAUAACGUGCCAUCCACUUUUGCCAGAAUUGGAAACAAACUAAAUCAGCAGAAAGAUACUCGUCAAGCAACUUUCCUGUUUAGAAGGGGCCUGAAGGUGCAGGCCCAAGUGCAGUCAACAGAUGAUCUUGAUAAUCAGACAGUAAAGAGAACUCGUCAAUGGCGAACUUCUACCACAAGUGGAGGGAUUCUCACUGUAUCCAUUGACAACCCAGGAGCAAUCAUAACCCCAAUUUCCCAGAAAUUACGAUUAACUCGUACUCCUGUGCCGCCAUUUCUGAUGAAGAGGGACCAGUCUGAAGAGAAGAAGAUUCCUAAAGGGGUUCCGUUGCAGUUUGAUAUUAAUAGUGUUGGAAAACAGACAGGGAUGACGUUGAACGAACGUUUUGGGAUCCUGAAGGAACAAAGAACUGCGCUGUCGCAGAACAAAGGAAGCCGUUUUGUAACAGUGGGCUAACCUGACAGAUGGACUUGAGCAUUGAUCCCACCUACCUAAUAAACUGAGAUAAAAGUGGGCAGAAGAAUACAGCAUACAUCACUGAAAUUCUCCAGACUUCUUGCUAAGAUGGUGGCAGAGCUAUCUAUAAUACUUUUACUUUGAAUGGUAAAAGACAUAAUGCCCUUAGGGGGGGGAAAGUGGAGAAACUGAUCCACUGGAGUGGCACCAUCACCUGGUUGGAAAAGAUUCUGUUGCCCAGCUGAUGACAAACACUGAUUUUGGUUCAUCUUGCAACCAAAACACAAACACGGAUUUUAAAAGAGUGCUCAGUAUCUGUUCUUUGACCCCUCUGUUAUGGUAAAGAUUGUGU